AUGGCUUAUUCCCAACAGGACCCAAAUGGCGCCCGCCGGGCCCAGAUCUGGGCCGUGGGCGCGAUGCCGGCCACCCAGCUCCACCACGCCGCCCCGCCGCCAAGGAGCGGCGCAGAUAUCACACCUGCCGCCGGCCGCCGCCGCAGGGCCGCCAGACCGCAGCCAAACCGAAGCACCGCCACCGUCUCCCUGCCCCGGAAAGGGAGCACGCGCGCGCGGGGACAAGAAGGCCCGCCGUCGCCGGCACCACCCGGGCCAGCGCCGGGGGCGUCCGCUGGCGGUGGCGGGGGGAGACGGGGGAGGAGGGAGCCCGCGGGAGAGGAGCUCGAGCUCCGCCCCGGCCACCUCCCAGGGAGGCGGAUCAGGACGGGGGAAGGAGGGGGCCUAGGCCGGCGGCCAGCGGCGGCGGGAGGGGAGGAGGGGGAACCCUAG